ACCCCGGCUGAUCGCCCUUUCCCUCCCCUGAUAGGUGGUGGCGGCGGCGGCACUGAGCCGGGCGGUGUAAGGCCUCCCCAGGCAUGCUGUAUCUGGUCGGGCUGGGCUUGGGAGAUGCCAAGGACAUCACGGUGAAGGGGCUGGAGGCGGUGAGGCGGUGCCGCAGGGUGUACCUGGAGGCCUACACUUCCGUCCUCACGGUGGGCAAGGAAGCGCUGGAGGAGUUUUAUGGAAAAGAAUUGAUUUUGGCUGACCGAGAAACGGUGGAACAAGAGGCAGAUAGCAUUUUAAAAGAAGCUGAUAUUUGUGAUGUCGCAUUUCUUGUAGUUGGUGAUCCUUUUGGGGCCACGACGCACAGUGAUUUAGUACUACGUGCAGUAAAACUGGGGAUUCCAUACAAGGUCAUUCAUAAUGCUUCAAUAAUGAAUGCAGUGGGCUGCUGUGGUUUACAGUUGUACAAUUUUGGAGAAACUGUUUCUGUAGUUUUCUGGACAGAUACAUGGAAGCCAGAGAGCUUUUUUGACAAGAUCGAGAAGAACAGGCAGAAUGGAAUGCACACCCUGUGCUUACUUGAUAUUAAAGUGAAGGAGCAGUCUCUGGAGAAUCUAAUGAAAGGAAGAAAGAUUUAUGAGCCACCACGCUACAUGAGUGUGACUCAGGCUGCAGAACAGCUUCUUGCCAUUAUUCAAAACAGGAGGCUCCAAGGAGAAGAACCAGAAAUUACUGAAAACACAAUUUGUGUUGGCCUCGCACGUGUGGGUGCUCCAGAUCAGAAGAUUGCUUCAGGCACACUCUAUCAGAUGUCCACAGUGGAAUUAGGGGGUCCACUACAUUCUUUGAUUGUUACUGGCACUAUGCAUCCUCUGGAAUUAGAAAUGCUUAAGCUUUUUUCUGUAGAUAGUUCCAGUUUUGAAAAUAAUGCAUUUCAAAGGACCACUUAAAUAAAAGAGGCAUUUAAAUUUUUAUUCCAUCUUUAAUUUCACAACAGCAAAAAGUUAUUCCUGUGAAUAUUUAGAGCUUGCCUAAGUGCAGUUAGAUUGUAUACUGCUUCAAAAGAGAACACUGGAGGAACACAGACCUGCUUUUACCUGAGGCUACAAACUGCCAAGCUGCACCUGCUGGUGUCAGUUUCUAACAUGUAGACACCUCCAGAAGCCUUUAAACCUUAAAAACCUUGUGUCUGAUUCAGUUCCUUGACACCUAGAUCAGUCUCCAGUUGAUGACUAGGGUAAGAAGUGCACGUAGAGACCUGAGGAAGUGUACCAGAUAACCUGUCCAGCAUCACAUUAACCAAGCCUACUGCACACGUUGCUCUAAGUGUAUUUGAGAUGUUAAGUUUUGCUUUUCAACUUUCCAGAAACUUGGUAGUUCUUUCACCAAUAGAAGCCACUAGUGUGAAAAACCUGUUAGGUCUGGAUCCAUCUUUACACUUGGGAGAGCCAAUACAGACAGGUGAGAAUGUUCUUUAUGUCUAAACCAAGAAAAACAAGAACUGGCCCUGUUAAUGCCAGCAUUUAUGAAGUGCUGGGCUCAAACUGCAGCAACCACAAUUAACCUCAAGCCAAUUCUCAGAAAACAGCCUGCAAAAAUUCUCUUUAAAAAUCAUGUAAUGGGUGACGGUGGUUGCUAUUUCAACUAGUCUCCACAGUAUGUAUGAGAACAAAGCAGAACUAUAUGCAUAUUUUUUUAAAACUGAAAAUUUAUUGGAAAUAAAUUUGAUCCCAUAUUUUUUUCAGCAAUAUAGGAUAUUUAACAUUUUAUAUUGACUGUAUUCAAGUAGAAAAGAUUACAUUAAAAAUUUCUAAUAUUGCACUUGGGACAAGUCAUGGCUAAGCUACUAACAUUAGCAUUCCAGAACAAAAUCAUACAUAGUCUUCAGAAUUUUAGUGAGCUGCCUUUUGUCAUCAUUAAGAUUUCUUUACAGCUAUUUUGGUGUACUGUACUAUUCAACUUGUGCUCACUGCUAAGAGCAAUUCCUGUACUUUAAAGCUAAAGGCAAGCUAUAUGCUGAAUGCAAGCAACACUGUAUGCUACCAGGAAUGGUUUUGGCAAUUUCUUCAUUCACAAUAUUUCACACUUCAGCCAAAAUACUGUACUGAUUCAUUUAACUCUUGUACAAGAUCCCAGCAUACACAUGAAAGACUUCAAUGCACAUGGGAAGUGAAAUACACAACUCCUUUUACACAUUAUUUCCGCCAAAUUACCACAUAGGCAGGAACCUUUUGUGGCUCACUGAAACAGACAAGUAGAUUAACCAGUAUUUGCACACAGAGAGACAUGUAGUCUUCACACGCCAGGCACAGCAGAAGCAUAACUGGCGUCUUUUCACAUUAUAGCGGUCUCUGGCCAAUGAAGUCCCAACAGGGAUGGUCACCAACAAAGCCUGAAUAGGGAAGAAAUCCAAAAGGAAAUCCCAGCAAGUUACAGACGGGGAUUUUCAUAGAAGCGUAAAGGAGGAAUUAACCACUGACUUGGUAUUAGGGAAUCAGAGAAAUGGAUUAUAAAGAAAAAAAAAAGGGAAGAAAAUCCCUCUACGCUCAUUCCCAAACACGCUUAAAGGGGUGGGAUAAUCAAGAAUCAUACCAAGUGGCAGUCUGAUGGCUGCUGGGGAAAACAGGACAGGGCUUAAUUAGUAACUAAAGCUGUUGCUCUGAACUGAUCUAAAGACCUUGUUACUGGAGUAUUAAUUAGAAUUUGCAUUUUAUAGAAGCAUGAAGGUUUCUGCAAUGAAAUCUGCACUGUGAGAGAAAAGCCAGGAUCUUCACAAUUUGAUUGCACAGUGAAUGCAGAGUGGAAAACUGCAGUUCAGCAGCAGCUUCUCUUCCCUCUUAGAUCUUGUUUACAUUGCUAAAGCAGGUUCACUUACAACAGUUACAAAGAUAUACCGUUUCUUUCCUUCACCUUUAAACACAGCUUUAUUACUUUA